GUACCUGAUCUUCCGGGUGGUGUCGCCAUUGUUCGAACUGGAUUCAGUCGUAUUCACGUAUUCACAGUUCAACACGUGGAGGCGUUCGUCAGUGCAGCGUUCGAAUGUGCUCAAACGUACUUGGGUCUGAGUUUGAAGCGGUCCAAAGUGGCUCUGACGCGAGACUAUUGCCGGGAAUUCCGAUUGGGAAACGUAAGGUAUUCCGAAGCACGAGGAGUGAAAUGUGAGGAUAAUGUUCCGUACGAGGAACAUAGCCGAUGUGCGGUCUUGUACAUGUAUCCCCAGUGCGCAGCACACAGCUCCUUUGAUGGUACUAAACGUGUCAUGCCGCACCCCUGA